UCAAAAUGAGAACACGGCACAGUUUGGCCUUUGUGGCCGCAUUACUUUUGGCUAACGCUGCAUUUGCGUAUGCUGGUUGGGGUAGUGAAUGGGAGCCCAUAAAGGAGUCUAUGCUUAGCAGGCGUUCAUCUGAUGCGGAACCAAAACAGGAUGUUGACACACAAGGACGCAAUUAUGCUGUCAACGAACCAAUAUACAGCAAUGAUACCGAUAUCAAUACAGUUAUUGAUCAAAUUAUCAAUUCACGUCGUGAAGGCCGUAAUUUGGGUGAAUACGAUCAAGUUUAUGCCGACGGAAAUAUCGAUCAGGCUUUGCAACAAGGCAAUGAUUUGGAAGCACGCAAUUUGAUACGUGAUAAACUAUGCGGCUUGGGUUUAAUGAGCUGCGAUGUUGAAGAGAAACGUCCAUUCUAUUCAACAAUAUAUGCACAAGGUCCACCUCCAUAUGGUGGUGGUCCAUAUGGUCCAGCUAAACCUAUGCCACCACCAGGACAUUUUAAUGCACGCCCACCACCACCACCAAAUUCUUUUGGACCACCACGCAAAGUAGGCUAUGAUGGUCCUUAUAAACCAAACUAUAGACCAUCUGGCCCAGGUCCAGUCUACAACGGACCAUUUUUGGAAAGUCCACCACCAUCCGCUAUUGAUGGUUCAGCCAGUGCUACAUUCAGCAAGCCGCCACCAGGUGCUAUCAUUUAUGGUAGCAAACCACCAGGACCAAUUUACACUGGCAAUUCCGAUGCUCCACCAUAUAACUUUGAAAAUCCUGGUCUAGAUAAAAUUCAUGCAGCCGGUUCACAGCAAUCCAACUUCUACAGUCAGCAAUCGUCAUCUGCUUCAGCCUCCACUUCUGCGUCAAACAUUAUUGUAGGCACUGUACCUGCCCCCGCAUCUGGUCCACAACAACACGUACAUCACCAUUUCCAUCAUGUUGAGGGUGCCGAAGCCACUGGUGCUAAAAUACCUUCAGUACCUGUACCUAUUGGCAGCGGUCAAAUUGUGAAUACCGACUUUGCCACACUAGCACAAUCUUCUGCAACUUACACACCACAAGCACAAGGUGGUUUUUCACAAUCUUCAGCAUUCCAAGCAGGUUUUAAUGGUGCAUCUCAAGGUGAUUUAUUCACUCAGGGUAGCAAUGGCUUCAACAGUAUACACAAACCAAAUGGUGAAAUUUACAAGCCUUCUGCCGGCUUAGGCAGCUUUACUAGCCCCACUGAUCUAUAUCAGCCAGCACCUCCUACUACCGGUUUUAGCCAAACCAGUGGAAGUUACCACAGUCAAAAUCCCAACUACUUCAAAAAAGAGUUACAGAAUAUUGGCGGCCUUACUGGAGCAGGCAAUUUCAAUGGCAUUAGUACAGGCUACGGUGAUGCUUCACAAUACCAAGGUGGAUAUGAUACUGCACGCCAACAAAUAGUCGACUGUCAAUGUGUACCAUUUAACCAGUGCCCUGCAGCUGACCGUAUUGGACGCAAAGAAGAUUUGAUUUUACCAAUCGAUCCACGCAACCUCGGCAAAGAUAUUGAAGCAUUAAGCGAUGAAGCCGCCGCAAAUAUUACAACUAACGCAAAUCCCACAAGCAAAGAUGACACCGCAACUAAAGAAGACAAAAAAGAUGAAAAUAAGAACCGUAAUAAACGUCAAACUGAUUCUGAUAACAAGCAAUCAGAUGAAAACUCCGACUUAGCUUUGGAUGCACAAGGGCGUCAGGGUCUACCUCCACUGCAAGCCUUUGAACUGAUAAAACGUAAAAUUUUACCAACCUAUGGUGUAUCCUUCGGUUUGCCUUAUCCAACUGGAUAUGGUUAUCCGGCUAAUGCAAUAGGUGGCUAUUAUCCUGCAAAAAAUCCACACUUUGGUGCCAUCGGUGUAAAUGGUGUGAAUUUAGGGUUAUUAAAUGUUAAUCCACUUCUAUCACUACAAGUAAGCAAAACUGAAUUCGGCGACAAGGUAGUUAAACCACUGGUUAACUUUCAUGUCACACCAAACGGCAACAUUUUACAAAAAGUGGGAAACUACUUCAAACCUAAACCACCAAUCGUACAUAAUAGUCACUAUCACCACCACGAUCAUUUUUCUGGUUAUGAUGAUUACAAUGGACCACAUAUUUCAAGUGGCCCGGGACCAAUUUCUCGUUAUCCAUCUACUGGUCCUCAAAUAAUUGAAGUCCCAAGUAAACCUGUAUAUGGAUAUACACCAUACAAUACACCAAAUCCACCAUCAGAUCCUGUGCAAUAUGAAAGUCAUCUGCAAUAUGAGAGUUUUUCUCAACACAUAAACCCAUUUACUACCUCAACUACUACUACAACUACUACCGAACCAACUGGCAAUGGUUAUGGCUACUCAACGGACAGUAGUACCACCACAACAGACAGCAGCUCUGGAGAUCAAGAUUCAUAUGCAUCAAACUAUAAUCGUAGAGGUCGUUUACUUAAUACUUAUCACCAAGUAACGACGCAAGCACCUGGCGAUGCGGAAGGAAGUGAGUAUAUAUCAUUCCCUAAAGAUCGUCGUAGAAGAAGUAUUGAAGAACAUGAGGAUGCAGCAGAGUUAAGAGAUAGUGUGUUGUCACGAGCAGUGAAAGCAGAUCAGCGCGCUUAUUAUGGUAACCGUCCAGUUGAGAAGACUUGCCGUGUUAAUGAAGUGUGUUGUCGUCGUCCUUUCCGUCCACCACAACAACAGCAAUUGGGUCGCUGUGGUGUACGUAAUGCUGCUGGCAUUACCGGACGUAUCAAAACACCAGUUUAUGUAGAUGGCGAUAGUGAAUUCGGCGAAUAUCCUUGGCAUGUUGCCAUUUUGAAAAAAGAUCCUAAAGAAUCAAUUUAUGCCUGUGGUGGUACAUUGAUUGACGCUCAACACGUUAUCACCGCUGCACAUUGCAUUAAAUCACAAAACGGUUUUGAUUUACGUGCACGUCUUGGUGAAUGGGAUGUUAACCAUGAUGUUGAAUUCUUCCCAUACAUUGAACGCGAUGUAGUGUCUGUGCACAUUCAUCCAGAAUACUACGCCGGUACCUUAGAUAAUGACUUGGCCGUACUUAAACUUGAUCAUCCAGUUGACUUUACGAAAAAUCCACAUAUUAGUCCCGCUUGUUUACCUGACAAAUUCUCUGAUUUUACUGGUGCACGUUGCUGGACCACUGGCUGGGGUAAAGAUGCCUUUGGUGAUCAUGGCAAAUAUCAAAAUAUUUUGAAGGAAGUUGAUGUGCCAAUACUCUCACAUCACCAAUGCGAAACACAAUUGCGUCAAACACGUCUCGGUUUUGGUUACAAACUUAAUCCUGGAUUCCUUUGUGCCGGUGGUGAAGAAGGCAAGGAUGCCUGCAAAGGUGACGGUGGUGGUCCUUUGGUAUGUGAACGAGGUGGUAUUUGGAACGUUGUUGGUGUAGUUUCUUGGGGUAUUGGCUGUGGUCAAGUUAAUGUACCUGGUGUAUAUGUGCGUGUAGCUCACUACUUGGACUGGAUUCAUCAAAUCACUCAAUACUACAAGUGAUCCACUAUCAAAAGUAAAAUUUGUUCUCAACGUGAUGUGUUCCAAUUUCACUUUA